UGCAGAUAUCAAAUUUGCCAAGAAAUAAACUAAACACACUCGAGUUGAAAAUUUUGAAGUGAAAGGUGUCCACUUUACCACUUUCCUCCUCCUUUCUCCCUUUUUCUCACACCCCAAAUCACACUCGUCUUCUAUGUAGGCAUGCUCUUGUCUUGUUUCAUUAUCCCAUCUUUAAAAAGCUAAAGCUAGAAUAUUCAUAUUUUUAGCUCUUUUCAACUCGAAGAGAAAAAGGGCAGACCCAGCUAAAAGGGGUGAAGAGAGAAAUAUGAAGAAAGGGGCAUUAGCGCCUAAUCUGACGCUAUCUCUGCCUCCUCCUGAAGAGAUCUCCAAAUUCCUAACCGGGUCAGGUACGUUCAAGGAUGGCGAUCUCUUGGUUAAUCGGGACGGUGUCCGGAUUGUGUCCCAGGGUGAAGUUGAAACUCCAGCUUUGAUACAACCAUCAGAUAACCAGUUGAGCUUAGCUGACUUCGAUGCAGUUCAAGUUAUUGGGAAGGGAAAUGGAGGUGUUGUGCGUUUGGUGCAACAUAAAUGGACCGGACAAUUUUUCGCUCUUAAGGUUAUUCAAAUGAAUAUUGAAGAGUCUGCUCGCAAGCAUAUUGCACAAGAACUGAAAAUCAAUCAGUCCUCUCAAUGCCCCUACGUUGUGGUUUGCUAUCAGUCUUUUUAUGAUAAUGGUGCAAUCUCGAUAAUACUCGAGUAUAUGGAUGGCGGUUCUCUUGCCGAUUUCCUAAAGAAAGUUCAUUUGAUUCCAGAGCCGUAUCUUGCUGCAAUUUUUAAACAGGUUCUCAAAGGCUUGUGGUAUCUUCAUCACGAAAAACAUAUUAUCCACAGGGACUUAAAACCUUCGAAUUUGCUAAUAAACCACACGGGUGAAGUCAAGAUCACCGAUUUUGGUGUCAGUGCAAUACUGGCCAAUACGUCUGGUCUUGCUAAUACCUUUGUUGGCACGUACAAUUACAUGUCUCCCGAAAGAAUUAUUGGGGGGAAAUAUGGUUUUAGUAGUGACAUCUGGAGCCUUGGUUUAGUUCUCCUAGAGUGCGCAACAGGAAAUUUCCCAUAUUCCUCACCACAGCCAAGUGGUUGGGUCAAUGUCUAUGAGCUGAUGGAGACUAUUGUUGACCAACCAGCACCUCGUGCACCUCCCGAUCAGUUUUCUCCCGAGUUCUGUUCGUUUAUUUCUGCUUGUGUGCAAAAGGAUCCAAAAGACAGAUUGUCGGCAAACGAACUUAUGGCACACCCUUUCAUCACCAAGUACAAUGAUGUUGAUCUUGCAUUGUACUUCACCGGUGCAGGACCUUCAUUGACUGCCCUUUAAUCAAGUUGUUUUGUUCAUAUCUGCAGGUUGUGAGCUAAGGCAACAUAUUACUGGUGUCAAUAGGUUAGCCCAGGCCAGUUUUCAAAAAGAUUUUUGAGUACACUCUUUGCAUUUUGCACGGCUCGAAAAGUAUCUCCUUUUUGUGCAUCACAAGAUGCUUGCACUUUGCUUGGAGAUGCUACUAUUUGACAAUUUGGCUUGAAAAAAGAAAUUCUAUUUCAGGCUCUUUCGUCUACAAGUAUCUGGAAUAUGAUAUUUAUAUGUAUCCAAGUUCUGUGUCUUGUUUUACAAGUGUUGUCUGUUUAUGAACGUUAUAAUUUGGUUUUGCCUUGGUCAGACUGAAGGGUUAGUGAAGCUUAUGUAUGCGGUUCACUUGAAUAUAUGAUGAGUGUCUAAUCAUUAGAUGGCCGUGUUUUUUUGCUAACAAAUAUGCAUAUUUUAUACUCCUUCUUAUUUUUAAUAAAUGUCGUUUUGAGAAGUUGUACAGU